GUUGAUGCUGAGGUCUGUGUUUCGCAAAACCCGGGUCACGCUACAAGCAUGUUUUUGCUGUGGCUUGUGGGUAUGGUAUCUUUGGUAUGGAAGAGAAAUGGGUCGUCGUUGAAACUCUGAACCCCCAAAGGUAGAGGAUGUUAUUGUAAUAUUGUGUGCAGCCAGGAGCCAGAUCGGCAACAGGGAACGGGCAAACGGCAUUGAACGGCAGAGGUAGUCACAUCGUAAACGAAGAGCAUUUUUCAUUCCCAUUUUCAUCGUCACUCCGCCAUAGAAGAAUCAAAUCGCAGAAAUUGCUGAUCUGUUUCAUUUAAGUCAGAAAAGAAGGUGGUGCCUGGAUGGACGACCUGCCAGACCAGUUAGUUUGGGAUAUUUUAAGUAGGAUUAAGAAAACAAAAGACAGAAACUCUGCGUCUCUAGCAUGUAAACGCCUCCACAAACUAGAGAAUGAACAGAGACAUUCUCUUCGUGUUGGUUGUGGACUAAACCCUGCUAAUGAAGCCUUGACUUCACUCUGUAACAGGUUUCCCAAUUUGGAGAAGGUUGAAAUAAUUUAUGCAGGUUGGAUGUCCAAACUUGGAAGACAAUUGGAUGAUGAAGGUCUUCGCAUUCUGUCCAAGAACUGCCCUUCGCUGACCCAUCUCACCUUAAGUUAUUGCACUUUUAUCACUGAUGUAGGCCUUAGUUUCUUGGCUUCUUGCUCCAAACUUUUCGCAUUAAAAUUGAAUUUUUCCCCCAGAAUUACUGGUUGUGGCAUAUUGUCCCUUGUUGUGGGAUGCAAAAACCUCACUAUUUUUCACCUAACCAGAUGCCUAAACGUUAGUAGUGUUGAGUGGUUAGAAUAUCUUGGAAAGCUUGAAACACUCGAAGAUCUUUCGAUCAGAAAUUGUCGGGGAAUUGGUGAAGGUGAUUUGAUAAAGCUUGGACCCAGCUGGCGCAAACUAAAACGGUUGCAGUUUGAGGUGGAUGCUAACUACCGAUAUAUGAAAAUGAAAGUAUAUGAUCGAUUGGCCAUAGAUCGAUGGCAAAAGCAAUGGGUCCCAUGUGAAAAUUUGCUGGAGCUGAGUUUGGUAAAUUGCAUCAUUAGCCCAGCAAGAGGGCUUUCCUGUGUGCUGGGGAAAUGCAAGAACUUGGAAAAGAUUCACUUAGAUAUGUGCUUUGGUGUAAGGGACUGUGACAUGAUAAGCUUAGCACAAAACUCAAGUAAACUGCGGUCCAUUUCCCUCCGAGUUCCAUCAGAUUUCUCACUCCCGCUUUUGAUAAAUUCUCCAUUGAGAUUAACAGAUGAGAGUUUAAAGGCUGUGGCCCAAAACUGUUUGAUGCUUGAAUCAGUCCGGAUAUCUUUUUUGGAUGGGGAAUUCCCUUCGUUUUCUUCAUUUACAUUAGAAGGAAUCCUUAUGCUGACACAAAUGUGCCCAGUUCGUGAACUUGUUCUUGACCAUGUGUGUUCCUUCAAUGAUGUUGGAAUGGAAGCCCUUUGUUCUGCACAGUAUCUUGAAACCCUGGAGCUUGUUGGAUGUCAAGAGAUCAGUGAUGAAGGGCUGCAGCUUGCAAGCCAGUUCCCCCAAUUGAACAUUUUACGGCUGAGCAAAUGCUUGGGAGUCACUGAUGAUGGGUUGAAGCCUCUUGUUGGAUCCUACAAGUUGGAAUCACUGGUUGUAGAAGAUUGUCCACAAAUUUCUGAAAGGGGUCUUCAAGGAAUUGCAAGGUCUGUAUCAUUUAAGCAAGACUUGUCAUGGAUGUGUUGAACUCACUUCAUGCUCAAAAUGCUGGACAUUGAAUAUCAGAUGCUCUUUGUUCUCUAUUAGGUCAUCUCCUGCCUUCUUGUGUUUGUAAUAUAUGUGUCAUUCAUAAAUAUUUGUAAAAAUUUAUUAGAAGCAUGCAGUUUUACAUUGUAUUUAGCCUGUCGCAAAAGUGGCAAGGAAGUAUUUGUAACCAACGGCAGAGAGUUGGGAUCAAGACUUUGCUAUUCUAUUGUCUGUAAAUCCAUUGCAAGUUGCUUUAUAUCUAAUCAUUUGAAUAUUUGGAAACUA